AUGGCGUUGACGCUUCGCGUCGCGGCCUGCCCCGGCCAAGAGCAGGCAAAAACGAACCGAGUUUUCCUUCAUCCCCAGGACUUGGCACAGUUGAGGCAAGCUACAUUCGUAACUCUCGGUACGGAAUGGGCGUACCCGACCGCUGCGGACGCUGCGGUCGAGCGCGGUACCGUUGGUCUGAACGCGGUUCAGCGACGUGAGCUGCAGCUUGCCCUCGGCGACGCGGUGCCCGUGCGCACCUACACGUUGACCAAGGACACACAUCACGCCGUUUCCGCGACUUUUGAGAUCGAUACUGUGGUGAAGCGACGUUCACUGGCAGCUCCCGAGUUGUCCACUGACGAGCUCGAAGCACUCGCACGCAAACGCCUGGUGCCGUUCGUCAUCAGCGUAGGACAGUCAGUGGUGCUUGAUUACUACGGCACGCUGUUGCUUCUAGUUGCUGCCCGGCUGGACGGGAUGGCCGCCGCGCCAGACGGCGGGCGACCGACGCCAGUUUCGCCGCUGUUGGCGAUGCUCGGCGCAGAGACCAGCUUCCUUUUCGUGCGAGCUCGCGAUGCGAACGUACGUAUUCGUGGCAGCGAGAAUCGGCCUCGCGAACUCUUUCGUGCAGACUUUAACUUUGAACGCAUGGGCAUUGGCGGUUUGGACAAGGAGUUUUCCGACAUCUUCCGUCGGGCGUUCGCGUCCCGAGUCUUCCCGCCAGCAGUGAUCCAGAAGCUCGGUAUUGGCCACGUGCGUGGCAUGCUGCUGCACGGUCCGCCAGGCACCGGAAAAACGCUGAUCGCUCGACAGAUCGGCAAAAUGUUGAACGGGAAGGAGCCCAAAGUGGUCAACGGGCCCGAGAUCCUCAAUAAAUACGUUGGACAGAGCGAAGAGAACAUUCGCAACCUCUUCAAAGAAGCCGAAGCCGACUACCUCGCCCAUGGUGAUCAGAGCGAACUGCACAUCCUCAUCUUCGAUGAGAUUGACGCAAUCUGCAAACAACGUGGUAGCCAACGUGAUGGGACCGGCGUCCACGAUACCGUCGUGAACCAGCUUUUGAGCAAGAUCGAUGGUGUGAACGCACUGAAUAAUAUUUUGAUCAUAGGGAUGACGAAUCGGAAAGACCUGAUUGAUGAGGCGUUACUGCGCCCAGGUCGACUUGAAGUACAUAUCGAAAUCGGUUUACCGGACGAGCAGGGCCGCCUCCAGAUCCUUCAAAUUCACACUGCGAAAAUGCGGGCAAACAAAAUGCUUCUCGACGACGUAUCACUGGAGGAGCUCGCUGCGAAAACCCGGAACUACUCCGGGGCAGAACUCGAAGGUCUCUGCCGCUCGGCAGCCGCCUACGCUUUGUAUCGCCACAUUGACCUGAACCAGAUCACGAAACCCGUAGACCCCGAUGCGGUCUACGUCGGUAUGGACGACUUUCGUCGAGCGCUGGAAGAAGUACGACCUGCGUUUGGUGUGAGCAUGGACGAGCUCCAACGAUGUCUCGUCGGAGGCUUUAUUGAUUACGGGGCGCGAUUGGAGCGCCUCUUGCAGAGCGGCCGCCUCUUUCGUGAUCAGGUACGACAAGCGGAGCGCUCGCCUCUCAUGACGCUGCUCAUUGAAGGUGCACCUGGCACGGGCAAGACCGCUUUGGCGGCCAAGCUAGCCAUCGAAUCCGACUUUCCCUUUAUUCGCCUCAUUGCGCCGGAACAGUUUGUCGGGUUCAGUGAGCCGGCCAAGGUUGCAGCGAUUGCGAGAACGUUCGAGGAUGCGUAUCGCUCGUCGCUGAGCAUCAUCGUUCUCGAUAACAUUGAGCGGCUCGUGGAGUAUGCACCCAUCGGGCCGCGAUUCAGUAACCUUGUUGUGCAGUCGUUGCUGGUUCUGGUGAAACGAGUCCCGCCUGCGAAUCGACGUUUGUUUGUGGUGGCCACCACGAGCAAUAGCGAGGUACUUGAUGUGCUAGAGCUGCGGUCGGCUUUUCAGGCUAGUCUCCAGACGAGCUGGCUGUUACCAGAGGAAGUCGCAAGUGUGGUGCGCGGUUCUGGGUUCGCAUUCGCUUCCGAGAAAGAGCGCAACAAGGCUAUUGAAGCGCUCUCGGGAAAACGCCUCGGAGUGAAAAAGACGCUCAUGUUGUUGGAAAUGGCCAGAGAGACUACCCUCACGGGCAAAGAUACCGGCGAAUCAGAGGAGAACCUGGUGCGCCUCGAUCGACUGUUGCAGGUUCUGGCGGACGUGACGUGA